GGAAAAUCCAAAAUUUUCCUCGGGUCGCCGGGACCCUCUUUGUCGCGACAGACAAUUCCCAACGCUGCCGCUACCCUUCCAUUCUUUUCUUCUCUUUCUCGUGAUACCCCUUUCUUUCCUUUCGAUCCGAGGCGGCACCAUGGACAAACAAAGGUUGGCUGCGCUCCUGCAGGAGUCGCAAGUUCCCAAUACCCAAAAUCUCAAGGCGGUCACUGCCGAGCUCCAAAAGAACUAUUAUUCUCAUCCCGAGUCACUUCUUCUCCUCAUUGAGAUCGUUGCGACCCACCAGGAUGUCAACGUGCGGCAGCAGGCUGCGGUGCAGGCUGCGCGCUUGGCCGUCAAACACUGGGAGAAGAUUCCCAAGGAGCAGAAACCGGCCGUUCGGCAGCACCUCGUUCAGGCGACCAUGAACGAGCAGACCCCCCGCGCUCGUCAUGCCAACUCGCGGCUGGUCGCCGCUGUCGCCGCCAUCGACCUCGAGGACGGCGAAUGGCCCGACCUGAUCCCGGCCCUCUUCAACCUGGCGAGCAGCAACGAGGUUGCCCAGCGCGAAGUUGGCUCGUACAUCAUCUUCAGCUUGCUCGAGGAGAACCCGACCUCGUUUGCCGACCACAUGUCCAAGCUCCUCGAGCUCUUCGGCCACACCCUGCGCGACCCCCAGAGCGCGGACGUGCGCAUCAACUCCAUGAUGUCCAUCGGCGCCAUGCUGCUCCUGUUCGAGCCCCUCGAGGAUGAAGAGUCGGUUGCCACCCUCCAGUCUCUGAUCCCGCCCAUGGUCGACGUUCUCAAGGACGCUGUCCAGACCGGCGACGAUGAGAAGACCGGCCAGGCAUUCGAGGUUUUCCAGCAAUUCCUCGCGUACGAGUCGGCCCUGAUCGGCAAGUAUCUGAAGGACCUUGUCCAGUUCAUGAUCGAUCUUGCCGCGAACAAGCAGGCCGAGGACGACGUUCGCUCCCAGGCACUCGCCUUCCUGGCCCAGACCGUCCGCUACCGCCGCAUGAAGAUCCAGGGCAUGAAGGACAUGGGCCAGCAGCUCACGCAAAAGAGCUUGCUGAUCUUGACCGAAAUCGACGACGACGAGGAUGAUGACGACAUGGGUCCUGCGCGGUCUGCCCUGGCUCUGCUGGAUCAGCUGGCGAACGACCUGCCGCCCCGCCAGGUCAUCGUGCCCCUUCUUGACGCUCUCCCCAAGUUCGCCACCUCCAGCGAGCCGGGUUACAGGAAGGCCGGUAUCCUUGCCCUGGGCACCGUGGUUGAAGGCGCGCCCGAUUUCAUCGCCUCGCAAGUCAAGGCCAUCAUGCCGAUGGCCCUCAACCUCCUGAACGACCCGGACGUGGGUGUCAGACAUACUGCUCUCAUUGGCCUUGCCCGCCUCGCCGAUGACAUUGCCGAAGAGCUGACGCCUUACAACGAGCCCGUCUUGACUGCUCUGGUCAAAAAUCUGCAGGCGGCCAUGACUCCCACAGCGGACCAGAAGCUGGCAAAGAAGAAUAUUGAGAUUAUCCGCUCGGUUUGCGGAGCCCUUGACGCCAUGUCUGAGGGUUUGGAUGCCGACUUCAUGAAGCAGAACGCUGGGGACCUCAUCAACAACAUCGGGGCUCUCAUCUCCCACGACGACUACAAAGUCAAGGUCGCUGCUUGCGGUGCCAUUGGUGCCAUUGCCGAGUGCCUCGGCGAGGACUUCAAGCCUUACUUUGAGCAGACCAUGCGUGCACUUGGUGCGUACCUCACAAUCAAGGACUCGGAGGACGACCUCUCCUUGCGGAGCGGUGUAUGCGACUCGGUCGGCCGCAUCGCCACGGCCGUUGGUGCGCAAAGCUUCCAGCCCUACGUCGUCGACCUGAUGCGGUCGAGCGAGGAGGCGCUUCACCUUGACAACUCGAGGCUCAAGGAAAGCAGCUUCAUUCUGUGGAGCGCCCUUGCCAAAGUCUACGAGAGGGAGUUCGCACCGUUCCUUCCUGGUGUUUUCAACGGCCUCUUUGAGAGCCUGAAGCUCGAGGAGGAGGAAAUCAAGCUCAAGCUCAGCGAGGAGGAGAAGGGCAUCGUUGGCACUGACAACGAGGUCAUUACCGGCGGCAAGAAACUCACCAUCAAGAACUCUAAUGACGAUGAUGAGAUCUUCAUGAGCGACGACGACGAUGACGAAUAUGACGACUUUGGUGUUUCGGUCGAGGCCCUCGAGAAGGAGGUUGCUCUGGAGAUACUCGGCGACGUGAUCACCUAUGCCUGUGGCACGCAGGAGAUUGCCGAGUACUUGGAGAAGGCUAUCGAGAGCAUCUCCCCACUCGCCGAGCACACGUACGAAGGCUGCCGCAAGGCUGCCAUCGCUACUCUCUGGCGGUCAUAUGCCCGUGUUUGGCAGCUCAUGGAGCAGGAGACGGGCACCAACUGGGAGCCUGGCCUUCCGCUUAAGCAGUCCCCGACUGUGACCCUCGUUAAGCUGGGCGAGAUCGUGUCCAAGGCGACCCUCUCCCUGUGGCACGAGGAGGCUGAUCGCGCCGUCGUCACCGAAAUCAACCGCAACGUUGCUGCCACCCUCAAGACUUGUGGGCCUGCUAUUCUCGCCCAGGAAGACUUCAUGAAGGAGGUCGUGACGGUCAUCUCCACCAUCAUCACCCGCUCUCACCCCUGCCAGCAGGAUCUUGGUGAUGAGGAUGAGGAGCAGGAGGUUGAAGGCUCGUCCGAGUACGACUGGCUUGUCAUCGAUACCGCUCUCGAUGUGGUUAUUGGCCUUGCUGUCGCCCUCGGAUCCGGCUUUGCCGAGCUCUGGAAGAUCUUUGAGAAGCCUAUCCUACGGUUCGCCGCGUCCGAGUCGGAGAACAUUGAACGGUCCACUGCCGUCGGUGUUAUUGCCGAAUGCGCUGCCAACAUGGAGGCUGCCGUCACGCCGUACACCGAGAAGCUUCUCAAGCUUUUGCUCAAGCGUCUUUCGGACACGGAUCCGGAAACCAAGAGCAAUGCCGCGUAUGCCACCGGUCAGCUCAUUCUGAACUCGACCGAUAGCAACACGUAUCUGCCUCACUACAACACGAUCUUGCAGAAGCUGGAGCCGAUGCUCCACAUCAAUGAAGCGCGCCUCAAGGACAAUGCUGCGGGCUGCAUCUCGCGCAUGACUAUGGCUCAUCCCGACCGGAUUCCGCUCGGUCAGGUCCUCCCGGCACUGGUCGACCUGCUCCCACUCAAGGAAGACUACGAGGAGAAUUCGCCCGUUUACGAGUGCAUCUCGAAGCUUUACGAGAACAACGAGCCUACUAUUCAGCAGCUCACCCCGAAGCUCAUCCCCGUCUUCGAGGCGGUGCUCAGCCCACCAACGGAGCAGCUUGACGACGAGACCCGUGAGAUCGUUCGCAAGACGGUCUACCAUCUGUACAACGCCAACCAGGGCUUCUUCAGCAACAACCCUAACGUGCUGAAGCUGGCCGGUGUCGCGUAAGGGAUGGAGCAGCAAAUGACGGGGAUGUCUUGGUGCAUCUCCAAAGUAACAGGCGGACAUCUAACGAUGAUUCAACCUGCACGAUGAGUGAUGAGUUCCGACCUAAUGACG